CAAUACCCGGAAGUUUACCCGCACACUACCCGUUCUUCACGUGGGUAUAGUUAAAGUGUACACUGUAGGGUCUCAUAUCUCAGCAUGGACAUCAUCCACUCUUGUUUCAAAGCUCAGAUAGGUGAGGUGGUUUUACCAGGAGAUGUCUUCCGGUUUGAUGUGUCCUCUGUGGAGGAGGACAGCAGAGUUAAAGCUGAAAAGAUUAUAUGCGGACCGGGACUGCGCCGAAACGGAGACGAGAUCCUGGUGUAUAAAAGCGGCGUCCUCCGGUAUAAGCAGCCCAAUCUGUACUGGAUAGAGUCCCAGCAGAAACGCUAUGUUCCGAUUAAAGGCGAGAGCGUGAUCGGCAUAGUGACGGCGAAGUCCGGGGACAUCUUUAAAGUGGACGUCGGGGGCAGCGAGCAAGCCUCAUUAUCUUACUUAGCCUUCGAAGGGGCGACUAAAAGGAACCGUCCCAAUGUGCAGGUUGGGGAUUUGGUGUACUCCCAGUUCAUCAUCGCAAACAAAGACAUGGAGCCAGAGCUGGUUUGUAUUGACAGCUGUGGCCGGGCGAACGGGAUGGGAGUGUUCGGAGCAGACGGGCUUCUCUUCAAGGUGUCUUUGGGAUUAGUGCGCAGGCUCCUCACACCUCAGAGCGAGAUAGUGAAAGAUCUUGAGAAGAUCUUCCCCUUCGAGAUGGUGGUGGGUUUAAACGGCAGGGUGUGGGUGAAGGCUAAGUCCGUUCAGCAGACCCUGAUCGUGGCCAAUCUUCUGGAGAGCUGUGAGAACAUGACGGCGCAGCAGAGACGCGCUCUGUUCAAGAAAGUAGCAGAGGGCGCCCUCUAGGGCAUGUGCCAAGCGGUGUUUUUUUAAAGCGAUGGCUCAUGGACUCAUCAGCACGGGCCAAAUGUAGCUCACAGGAGUGCACGUGAAUCAUGACUGUUCCAUGGAUUGAAACUGAACUCUAGAUGGACUGCAGUUGUGUAAUGUUUAUGAUUUGAGCAGUGGUUUGGGAUCUCAUAAUCUUUACUUCUGUUUUAAAAUAUUUUUUUUCUUCUACUAGUAUAUGGAUUUGAAUUUUAAUAUGAAUAAAUAUUUUUUUGUCUGAAGUAAGUUUUAUCAGCUAGACAUAUGAUAUGAUAUUCUUUUGACAUUUCAAUUCACAUGCCGAUUCGUAUGAAGCACUACAAAGGUUAAAGGUGAAAUUGUUGUUUCUUAUCUUGCACAAAAAUGGAUCAAAUCUGAAACAUAAGAACCUGAUAAACUAACAAUCUUUUAUUUACAUUUGUAUGUGGCUGGAAAAGCCGUUAAAAAUGAACCAGAUUUCAUGUUUAGAGAGCCAAUGCACUGGUUUAGCACCUUAAUCAUCUUUAACACCAUGCAGUUAACAAUGUUCAUACUAUAGCUUACAUGCUAAUGAGACCAAAACAGGAUUUACACCUGCUAUGUCCUAAACAUUCUUAAAAAUGUUUAUGAGAAAAAAAAAUGUUUAUAUACAUAUUUUGUCUUUUGUCUAACAGCUGAAUGGCUAUGAAUUCUUUAAACACAGGUUAUGACAGUCCUUGUAAUAAUAAUUGUGGUUGAACAAUGUGUGCCACUAUAAUCUUGAACAACUUUACUAGUGCACCUUUAGGUUACGGCUCAAAGCAGUGUCAGUGUUCUGUUCACACAGUAUUGACAUGUGAAACUUUUCCUCGUAAACACAAUUAUUCAUUCAGCUUAUUUUUAUAUAAACGUAUAUAUUUAUUUAUUUAUUUAUUUAAAAAAAUAUAUUAAUUAUUUUAUUAAUCAUCUUAUUUUAUAUUUAGUUCCAGUGUCUUGGACAAUCCAGCACCUAAGAAGGAAUACAGCCUGAAUGUAAUGCCUGUUUAUUUACACGGCAUCAUUGCCCCCGAUUCUGCCUACUAUGAUAUUUUACUAAGUUGGUUGAAAUGUAUGGAAAUUUUAAACAGAAAGAAAAUAAAACCACACAGACAUUGAA